UACGGAUGGAUUGCUAAUCAACACUUCAAGUGAAUGUACUCGUUGCGACGAUCGCAGCCCAAAACCUCUGGGCAGCAGGCAACGGGAGACAACAUACCAAUUUCAAAUCAUCUCCAGCAACAAUGGCAGCGAUCCCAGCCCCGCCCUACGAUGCUGAGCUCAGUGUGGCUCUUGCUCAGCUGCCCACUAGUCCUACUUUCAGCAAGGAGAUACUACCGAUGUUGCGGCAGUUCAUGACUUCCAUGUACAAUGCGGAAAAGGCCAUAGCGGGAAGGCACAUCACCCUCGAGGAACGGACUAUCCCGGGCCCUCAUGGCGAUAUCAACAUAUCCAUCUUCAAGCCCAGCGCCAGCACCGACAAGCCAAGACCCGGCAUCUACUUCAUCCACGGCGGCGGCAUGUUCACGGGCAACCGCUUCCUCGGAAGUUCAUUUCUCUGCGACUGGGUCGAGCAAGUGGGCGCCGUAGGCGUGUCGGUAGAAUACCGCCUCGCGCCUGAACACCCCUACCCAGUUCCCCUAGACGACUGCUACGCCGGCUUGAAGUGGGUAGGCGAGCAUCUCGGUGAGCUGGGCAUCGAUCCGGACAGGCUGAUGCUCGCGGGCCAGUCGGCUGGGGGUGGACUAUCCGCGAGUCUAGCUCUAACUGUCAGAGACAAGGGCGGCCCGAAGUUGCGCGCUCUUUGCCUUAUAUGUCCAAUGCUGGACGACCACAAUAACUCGCUUUCUGCGAGGCAGUAUGCGACUGUGGGCACGUGGAACCAGGAAAAGAGCGCAUUUGGGUGGUCGUGUCUGCUUGGUGAUCAGGCGGGGAGUGAAGGGGUCAGUCCGUAUGCGGCGGCGGCGAGGGCGACGGAUCUCUCGGGGCUGCCGCCGACUUUUCUAGAUGUGGGUUCUGCGGAGCCGUUUAGGGACGAGGUGGUUGCGUUUGCGGGGGCGAUUUGGAAGGAUGGAGGAAAGGCGGAUUUGCAUGUUUGGGAUGGGGCGUUUCAUGGGUUUGAUAUGUUGGUGCCGUCGGCGAAGCUGUCGGUAGCGGCUGUGUCGACGAGGUUGGAUUGGGUGAAGAGGGUGUUGUGAGUUAGUAAGGAGGUUGUGCAGGAUGGUUCUUACCUGUAGAUACUCUUGGCUAAUGGCAUAUGGUAGAUUGUGCUGUGGUACCCGAUUCACUAAUGUUGCGGA